GAAGACACCCUAAUUCUCUCUUCUUGUUUGUCAUUUUUUGUGUCCUCAUUUACUUCCAACUUGACGAAGACUGGAUUUGUAGAUAAGCACAUGGCAGAAAUAUGUGCCAUUCGCACAUAUCUUCUAGAUGUGUCUAUUAGACUCUGUGCUUUUCACACAGCCACAGCCGUCAAAUACGAUCUCCAGCAGAGAAAGCUGCACUCUCCUAUAAUUUCUUGUAUACUUGAUCUAUUUGCAGAACAAAAUUCCUGCAGUGAUUUGUCUCAGUACAAUGUGCUCAAGGAUAAAAUAUCUGACAUUUCAUCCCCAGAAGUUAUUUCUUCAUUUACUUUCAAUCCAACUGGUGGAACUGUCCCCCAACUUUGGGAUGCUUCUUUUGUACAAUCCCAAAUCUUUCAAGUUAAUACCACUAAUCAUGCUGAGAAAUUUCAUCAAAAAAGAAACUAGUCCUCAAAAUUCUAAGUCACUUCUCAGUUUUUGUAUAAAUGAACUGCUUAGAAUGACAAAGAGCACAAUGCAAGUUAGA